AUGCGGUCUGUGAAGUAUCACUGCGCCUACUGGGCUAUUGCCAUCACGACAGCGAUAACAUACUAUACCUUGACCCUGACACUAGGUGUCCCUGAAGUGGUCUUCCAAGUCCUUCUGAUCCCUCAUUCGGCCUUCCUCAUCCGUCUCGUCCUACAGGGUCCGUCUUCCGAACCAUGGCCACGCCUGUAUUUUGUCGCAGUCGGCAUCCUGCUCAUCUCCCUUGGCUCUCUGUCGAAAUACUUCUCCAUCCCUACCAUUGAGAUGGAGGGGCCAAAUAGAUUCGUCCACUCUUGCUUGGCAUUUCAAGUCCUAGGCUGCCUGGAAGCAAUCAGGCAAAACAGGCAUGAUAUCGAGCCCAGCAACGUGGGACUUAUUAUCGGAGCCCCGUCUCGCAAUUUGUUAUUCGACACAGCGAGACACCCGACCAGACGCUUUGCAUCUCGAGUUUGGCGCGUGACAUUGUGGCGUUCUGUGAUCUCGUGGUCCUACCUCGUGGUACUCAUCGCCGUGGCCGUUAUUCUGGAUUUCUUCGUAAAGGCAUAUGGUCCGGGUGUAUCUUGCCUUUCCAUCCUCACUCACCAUACAACCAAGUGGAACGAGCAUCUCGGUAGCUCAGCCUUGUUAUUCUACAUUGGUGCAGCCUUGGCAGACACUGCAGAAACCAUAUAUCUCCCUAUUCUGGAAUACUUUAACCCAAGUUGGGCAAAAGUCGUUCAAGGACAAACGCCCUUGCUCGACCCAGUCUGGGGUUGGUCGGUGUUCAGUUCUGAAAUUGCGCAGACAUCGGUUCUGAUGGUAGCGAUGCUUGUCUCCGUGUCCUUGCGAGCAUCACGAGAAGGAAGUGGCAGCACCCGUUAA